AGCCGUGGGAAAAACGCCCUUAUUAAAGAUGACAGCAGGCGUUGUUAUUUAAGCGCAAGUGACGCUGAGAAGCGGAAUCCGGAUGUUGUUCCGUUCGCAAUUGACCUCCUUGCCAGCUUCCAAGAUGGUGACUCCAUUGUGCCAAUAGAAGGGAAGCUCACAAGGAGGCGCGCGGGAGCCACUUCCGCCCGAUUCUCCUUCCUACGGUCUGCAGCCCAGUAAAGAUGGCGGCCCUGAGGGCUCUUCGCUGCCUCCGCGGUGUCGGAGCUCAGGUGCUGCGGCCCGGGUCUGGGAUCCGCUUGCCGAGUCAGCCCAGCAGAGGUGCUCGGCAGUGGCAGCCCGAUAUAGAAUGGGCAGAGCAGUUUUCGGGAGCUGUCAUGUACCCCUCCAAGGAAACAGCCCACUGGAAACCUCCUCCUUGGAAUGAUGUGGACAUUUUAAAGGAAAAAGUGGUGACCAACAUGACCCUGAACUUUGGGCCCCAGCACCCAGCAGCCCAUGGAGUCCUGAGACUCGUGCUGGAAUUGAGUGGAGAGAUGGUGCGGAAAUGUGACCCUCACAUCGGGCUCCUGCACCGAGGCACCGAGAAGCUCAUUGAGUACAAGACCUAUCUGCAGGCCCUUCCGUACUUUGACCGGCUGGACUAUGUGUCCAUGAUGUGUAAUGAACAGGCCUAUUCGAUAGCCGUGGAAAAGCUGCUAAACAUCCAGCCCCCUCCCCGGGCACAGUGGAUCCGAGUGCUCUUUGGAGAGAUCACACGGAUUUUAAACCAUAUCAUGGCUGUCACCACACACGCCCUGGACAUUGGUGCCAUGACUCCGUUCUUCUGGAUGUUUGAAGAGAGAGAGAAGAUGUUUGAGUUCUAUGAGCGGGUGUCUGGGGCCCGGAUGCAUGCUGCUUAUAUCCGACCGGGAGGGGUGCACCAGGACCUACCUCUUGGACUUAUGGAUGACAUUUAUGAAUUUUCCAAGAACUUCUCUCUUCGGAUUGAUGAGGUGGAGGAGAUGCUGACCAACAAUAGAAUCUGGCGAAAUAGGACAGUUGACAUUGGGGUUGUAUCAGCAGAAGACGCACUUAACUAUGGGUUCAGUGGAGUGAUGCUCCGAGGCUCAGGCAUCCAGUGGGACUUGCGGAAGACCCAGCCCUAUGAUGUUUAUGACCAGGUCGACUUCGAUGUGCCUAUUGGUUCUCGAGGGGACUGCUAUGAUAGGUACUUGUGUCGGGUAGAGGAGAUGCGCCAGUCUCUACGAAUCAUUGAACAGUGUCUGAACAAGAUGCCUCCAGGGGAGAUCAAGGUUGAUGAUGCCAAAGUGUCCCCACCUAAACGAGCGGAGAUGAAGACAUCCAUGGAGUCACUAAUUCAUCACUUUAAGCUGUAUACUGAGGGCUACCAAGUUCCUCCAGGAGCCACGUACACUGCCAUUGAAGCUCCUAAGGGCGAGUUUGGGGUGUACUUGGUGUCUGAUGGCAGCAGCCGCCCGUAUCGGUGUAAGAUCAAGGCUCCCGGUUUUGCCCACCUGGCUGGUUUGGACAAGAUGUCUAAGGGACACAUGCUGGCAGAUGUCGUGGCCAUCAUAGGUACCCAGGAUAUUGUGUUUGGGGAAAUAGACCGAUGAACGAAAGCACAGCCUUCAAGCUCCCUUGCCUGUCAGCUGCUUCUUGAGGCCUGUGUCUGGUGGGAAACAAGGCUGUGUCUCUGCAUGUAUAAACACACAUGCAUAUGCUCACACUCAGCUGUCCAGGCUUUCUGUGCAUGUACUAGAAACAGAGAAAUGAUAUUAAAUUAGCCACCUUUUGGUCCCUAA